AUGUUCGCCAACGCGCUCAAGUCGAUUUCUUCGACGAAUAUCUCGUCCAACUACACCAUCUCGCCGAACCUCACCUCGACUGCCGGACCAUGGAAGAUCUACCCGGCCAAGAACAAGAAGACAGGCAAGGAAUGCUCCGUCUUCGUGUUCGAUAAGAAGUCACUCGAUGCCCACCGCAACGGUAUGACGCGCGCCGAGGUGGCAGACUUCAAAAAGGCUCUCGAAGCCGUUAUCGAACGCCUAAAAAAGGAAGCCUCGGCCAUCGCCAAGCUGCGACACCCUGGCGUUUUGGAAGUGGUCGAACCCGUCGAGGAGACCAGGGGUGGUGGAUUACAGUUCGUCGCCGAAGCCGUGACUGCGUCUCUCUCGGGGCUACUGCAAGAGAAGGAUGACCAGGAGAGGGGUGGGGCCGGAGGCCGGACGAGCCGAUAUGUGACCGAAGACGCCGACGGGAACCGGAGGAGGCGGGAGCUCGAGAUCGAUGAGUUGGAGAUACAGAAGGGGCUAUUGCAAGUCAGCAAAGCGCUAGAGUUUCUCCAUGACAAUGCCGGUCUUUCGGACUGGAAGCUCAGCGGUCUGUCUUUCUGCGGCCCGUUGGAAAACUCGACCACCCAGAGCUCCAUGCAACCCAUCAAUUUGCGUGAAGUUCUGAGGCACACCCCGAGCUUACCUCGAACCGUCCAGCUGAAUCUCGACUAUACAUCGCCCGACUUUGUCAUCGACAAUAACCUGACGGCGUCGGCCGAUAUGUUCAGCUUGGGGUUGUUGAUUAUCUCAUUAUACAACUCCCCUCACAAAUCGCCCAUAUCCUGCAAUAGUAGCCUAUCUGCCUACCAACGUAUAUUUCAGUCUUCACAGAGCAUACCGAACUCAACCAACAACUUUCUAUCAUCCCGCGCGUUACCCAAGGAACUCACCACCCAUGUCCUCCCGAGGCUCAUCACACGGAGACCCGCCCAACGUAUGACGGCAAGCGAGUUCCAGCAGAGCGAGUUCUUUAACAACAUCCUUGUGUCCACCAUCCGCUUCCUAGACGCAUUCCCCGCCAAGACGCCGAACGAGAAAUUGCAGUUUCUUCGGGGCUUGAUGAAAGUACUGCCAUCGUUUCCCAAGUCGGUAAUGGAAAAGAAGCUGCUGCCCGCCCUCCUCGAUGAGUUAAAGGACAAAGAGCUCAUCUCUCUAAUCCUACACAACGUCUUUAAAAUCAUCGAACUUCUUCCGUCAGGGAGGAGAGCCUUCACCGAAAAGGUGCGGCCUAGCUUGAAGGAGAUUCUUGCCAACGCCAAACAAACCCAGGAGAAGGAUGCUGCCCGUGACGCUGGCUUAAUGGUCGUGAUAGAGCAACUCCCCGUCAUUGGUGACAACUGCGGAGGCAAAGAGUUCAAAGAUGAUGUCCUACCCAUUAUCUUUAAUGCCCUGGAAUCAUCCACACCUUCGCUCGUAGACGCAGCGCUGAGGAGUCUUCCAUCAGUCCUGCCUCAGCUCGAUUUCAGUACCAUCAAGAACGAGCUAUUUCCCGGGCUUGCAAGCUUUCGUCACGCUUUGUGGCGGCUCCAACGACCCCAGUGGCAACGAUGGGUUGAAUGGUUUAGGCCCGCAGAAGAAGGCGACCUCGUCUACCGCGCUCGACAAGUUCCACCACUGCAAGAAAAGAUCGUCCCCUUGAUCAAAGUGAUCAAGACCAGAGAGCCCGCCGUUAUGAUAGCGGCCCUUAAUGUUCUCCAAGUCGUUGGAAAAGUGGCGGACGCCGAGUUCGUCGCCGUGGAGAUCCUACCGAUUCUAUGGAGUAUGAGUCUGGGCCCGCUCUUGGAUCUCAAACAGUUCCAGUCGUUCAUGGAGCUUAUCAAUAGAAACUCGACACCGGCACCCGCCUUCUCCUGGUCGACAGCUCCAGCAGCCCUGGCAGCAGCCCCGGCCAACAAGAUUGGUGCCGUCAAAGCCCAACAGCCCGGCUUCAGAACAGUCACUCCAGACCUUGCAAGCUUCCAACCUAUCACACCGACAACCACACAGUUCUCACAGCCUCUCCAACCAGCUCAGAAGGCAGCCGGUGUAGCAUCGGCGCCCCUAACGCCUCAAGCACCAUCUAUCAACUGGGGCGCCGCAGCCGCACCAAGUAGCAACAACUUGUGGUCGUCUCCACCCACCACACAACAACCACCCACGUCGACCUUCGGCUCACUCUCCCUCGGCCAACAACAGCAACAACCAACCCAGAACCGCGCACCCACCUUCUCCCUCCCACCACCACCGAGCACCAACACCAACACUAGCACCGCAACGUCGAGCUUCUCCGGCUUCAGCCUUGCGCCGCCACCCGGCGCCUCACAAACCCAGCCCCCACGGCCUCCCAUCACAACAACAACAUCAACACCGGCAUUCGGCGGGCUAGGGAGUAUGAAUAGCACGAGCAGUAUGAACAGCCCGGCAUCAAUGGGCGCCACGGCCAACAAGAUGGGUUCAGCCAACCCUGGGAUGGGCAUGGGCAUGGGGAUGGGCAUGGCGGCGAUGAAGAAUAUGAGCGCGGGCACCGGUGCGGGCACGAGCAUGGGGAUGGGGAUGGGUAAUGGCAUGAGUAUGAAUAGCAUGACGGGUAUGGGUACGGGUAUGGGAAUGGGAAUGGGACUGGCGCAGCAGCAACAGAGUCAAUGGCAGAGUCAAAGUCAGGGGCAAGGGCAAGGUCAAGGGCAGGGGCAAAAGUCGGGGUUGGAUAAGUAUGAGAGUCUGUUGUAG